AUGGUUUUUAAGCCAUUCACCCACCUCGCGCGCCAGAACUUUGCCAAAGCCUUCACCCAUGGCUAUGCUCAGUCGGUAGUUGCAGCCUCGCAGUCCACCUACGCCACCCCGGCCGCCUCCCUCAACCAGCUCGCUACCCACCCCCUCAAAUUCCCUCGCACAACACAGCUUCAGAAUGCCUUUCAGAGCUCGUCAAGCUCAUCCGGCGCCGGAGCCAAGGCCAGCCAGUCAUCUGGCGGCUCAGGAGAUUCUGGUUUAGCCGCCUACUAUGCCGCCUGGCAACAUGCACAACAAACGGGAGACGACAGUGACUGGAGGCAGUUUCAAUUCAAGCGUCGCAUCGGAUGGAAACCCAAGGACGACGCCACAGACGCCGACAAGGUUCACCAAGAUGAUAAACUAGCCCAGAGUGAUGUCCGCGAUCUGAAAAAGGCCGCUGUCAACGUCGAUGUCAGCGCCAAAGUCGAAGAAGCCGUUGCGCGCGAGAUUCAGAUCCAAGAGGAAAAUGCAGAGGCCGAAGAAGGCGUCUCCGCCAGUGAAAAUGUUGCCGAAUCCGAGGCUGCUGUCGAGCAGCUCUCUGAUCUUCAAAUCGAGCAAUCGCAUUCGGAAUCACUCCGCAUAGUUCAGCUCGCCGUUGCCGAAAAAUAUGUCGAAAUCCCUGCCGCCUUCGAGGAGCUUGUGCGAGCUGGUCUCACUCCGUCCGUCGAGGCAUACAAUGCACUGCUGGUAGCCGCCAUAAAACUGCACGCCGAUUCUUCUCAUGCCGUGCCCAAAGCUCUGGAUGUCUACUCGGACAUGCUGCGUCGCCGCGUCAUGCCAAAUGAGGAGACCUACAAGACUCUGAUUGCUAUCUUGGUUUCCCGAGCUUUCGAGACCUUGGCCGCGAAGGAAGCCCUGGAGCAGCAGCGCACUCGUUUCGGCGGGCUGGAGGAAGAGGGAAAGUUCUUGUUCCGCUCGAGCGAAUUGGAGAGGGAACUAGUUGCAGAGGACCACUCUCUCAGCAUCGCCAUCAAACUGUUUGAUGCUGCCGUCGCCCGCCAUCAGGAAAUGGUCUUCCCCUUGGAAGUUUACCGCUCUCUCAUUACCAGCUGCGCCGAAGAAGGCAAAGUGGAGGACAUGAUCCGAAUCUACGCCCACAUCGAAACUCAGAAGCUCGUGCCACACGCUGCUAUUUUCCCCUCGAUGAUUCGUGCUUUUGCCAAGAUCGGUGACUUACAGAGUGCCGUUGAGUGUUACAACGAGUACCGUGAAAUGGCUGUCGCAGAUGACAAAGGCAUCUUCAGCAUUGUUGAGCGUCGCGACGCUGACGUCUAUGCUGCCCUGGUCUGCGCCUACCUGACUUGCGGCAAGCAGGAAGGAGGUAUGCGCUUCCUGGAGCGCAUUCGCGAGUCCUUCACCGAUGUGAAGGAAGACCGCGAAUCUCGUCUGGAGGCGUUCGAGUCUGUUAUCGUCCGCAACGCUCUCGUCCAAGCCUCGCUAGACGCUGGAAACUUUGUUGAAGCUGCCGAGCAAGCCACUGCUCAACUUGGCGGCGAGGCCCUUCAGCAGGCCAUGGCAAAGAUCUGUGUCGCAGCUGCUGACGCUGGAAACGCAGACGUUGCGUUCGAGUCGUACAACCGCCUCGUUGUCGAGUCGGCAGAGGCUGUUGGCUCAGCCAUUCCCAUGCUGGCUUUGCAUAUCCGACAAGGAAACGUGUUUGCCGCGAGAACAUUCUGGGGAAUCUUGACCAACCUGGAUCAGGCAGCCUCGGAUAUGAUCCAGCCGACGACCAUGUAUUCUGUCGCUCUCAUCAAGAGCGGUCACGUCGAGGAGGGAUUGAUGGAAGCCCGCAAAAUGUUCAACCUCAUUCGAAACACCGCACCUGCCCACCAGAUGCUUCAAGCCCCCGUUCGCGAAGAGAUCGAUGAAGCCAUCGAUCUUCUUGGCCGCGUCCUGAUGGUGCAGUCUGGCAUGAUUAUCUCAUCCCCCGCUGCUAUGACUCUUAUCCGGUCUAUGGUCGAGAAUGGCGGUUUGGUUUUCCCCAUGGCUGAGCACGCUGUGGCCAGUUUGGGACCGAUGGGCAUUUCGCAGCUCAGUGUCGACGAUCUUACUUUGGCUCUCCAAGUCCAGGCAGGCAUGAUUGUCAACAAUGCUGCUGUUUUGGAUGCCCCUCACCUGGUUCGCUUCGCCCACAUGGUUGAUGUUGUUCUGACCACUGGUGUCCCUCUGGAUGUGUUUACCACGCGUCUCGUCGACCAGGCAAUUCUCAAACUUUCCGACAGCCGACCAGAACUGGUGAGACGGUGGCAGGACUAUUUCGCUCCCAGCCCCAGCAAGCAGUCUAUGACAUCCGGCUCCUACACCCCCGUCUCGGAACCGUCGCAGAUGAACUCGUCGGCAACCAGCGCGGAAGACAACUUUGAUCCUUAUGCUUACUCGACUGACUUCCGGGGCUCGGCAAUCAUUGCUGACGAGCUCGAAGCUUCCAGCGGACGAGGCACUGCUCACCUGAACGCAGCUCUGACGAAACUGCGCAACAUCCGCCGCCUUGGCCGUCAUCCACGCUAUAUCACUUAUGCCAAGCUCAUCAACGCUGCGGCCAAGGGUAGUCGUAUGGAUCAAGUACACGAUAUUUUGGCUAUGGCACGACAGGACGUUCCUCUUAUUCCUCAGUACAACACCGUGCGCUACGGUUGGGUUUCGAUCCUGGACGCGAUGGUCGCGGCAUGCCUGACUCUCGGUGAACGCAACCUGGCAGCCAAGUUCCACCAGGAACUGUUAGACAUUGGCUCUGCUCCGUCCGCCAACACUUUUGGUCUCUACAUCACCACGUUGAAGGAAUCCACCAAGACGUUCGAUGAGGCAACCGAAGCGGUCAAGAUCUUCCACCGGGCCAGUGCCGAGGGCGUUGAACCCACUUCUUUCCUGUACAAUGCAUUGAUCGGAAAGCUUGGAAAGGCUCGCCGUAUUGACGACUGUCUUUUCUACUUUGCGGAAAUGCGUGCAAACGGAGUUCGCCCAACCAGUGUCACCUAUGGUACUGUCGUCAAUGCGCUCUGCCGUGUUAGCGACGAGCGCUUUGCCGAGGAAAUGUUUGACGAGAUGGAGUCUAUGCCUAACUACAAGCCUCGUCCAGCACCAUACAACUCGAUGAUCCAGUAUUUCCUCAACACGAAACGUGACCGCAGCAAGGUCCUUGCCUACUACGAACGCAUGCGAUCGCGCAACAUUGAGCCGACAAUGCACACAUACAAGCUUCUUAUCGAUGCACACGCCUCCCUGGAGCCGGUCAACAUGGAAGCAGCCGAGAAAGUGCUCGAGACCAUCAAGACGUCUGGCCAGCGGCCCGAAGCCGUCCACUAUGCAUCUUUGAUCCACGCCAAGGGCUGCGUGCUCCGCGACAUGGACGGCGCCCGCGCCAUCUUCGACUCGGUCAUGUCCAACAGCCAAGUGCGCGUUCAGCCGUGCUUGUACCAAGCGCUCUUCGAGGCCAUGGUGAUCAACCACCAAGUGCCAUCGACCAGCGAGGUUGUCAGCGACAUGGAACGCCGCGGCAUCGAAAUGACUCCGUACAUUGCCAACACUCUGAUCAACGGCUGGGCCGCCGAGGGCAACAUCUCCAAAGCCCGCACCGUCUACAACAGCAUCGGCGCUGCAAAGCGCGAGCCUAGCACUUACGAAGCCAUGACGCGCGCGUUCCUGGCUGCAGAGAACCGGUCUGGCGCAGUCGAGGUUGUUCAGGAGAUGGUCUCUCGAGGCUACCCAUCGGCCGUGGCUGGCAAGAUUGUGGAACUGGUUGGCACAACCGCUUAA